GGCAAGCGGCAGCAGCUCGCCACGGCCACGCCGCCACGCCACGCCAGUACACGCGCGAGCGUUGUGGAAGGCAGACCGAGUGCCGGAGCCACCACGAUCCACGGAGCCCGGCGUGCGAAGAAAUUUACGCCAAGACGCCGGCCGGCUAGUUCUGGACGAGUUACUCCUGCUGUCGCCCAGUGUGUCACGUCAGGUUGACAAGUAUUCUUCUGUGGUUGGCGCAACAUUCUUCAACCUCCAAUGGCGCCGCCAGCAAAACGCCUGAAGGCCGGGACGGAGAAUGAGCCAGUGGAUGUUCCGUCUCUCUCUGCAGUUCAUGCCAACAUGCGCCUCAAGAUGCUUGAGGCUGAGAAUGAAAGACUGAAAAAGCAGCUGCUGGUUGCUCCACAACAGGAAGCAGUAUAGACGAAGUUAAGUACACCAUUAAGAACCAUGCCAAAUUCAUCACAACAAUCCAAAAGACGACUGGAGUCCGAUGUCUGGAUUUGUCAGACCUUGCAAGGAGCACACAGGCUUACACGGGAAGCAGGGCUCCCAAAUGGAAACCAGAUGCCAAGAUUGAUGCUGUUGUGGCAGCACUUUUGAUCAGUAACAUAAAUGUCAAAGAGUUGAAUCUAGGUGAUGCCAAGUGGGCCACAGAAGAAAAAUAUGCAAAGGAUUUGUUGAAAGUAAUACGCCAUUUAAAGAAGAAUGUUACCACACUACGUUGCACAGUUCGGGCAAUGGUGGAGCUUGUGGUUUCUAUGAAGGUCAAGGUACCCAAGAAGAUAUGGUGGAAUAUCGCCUGGGGCCCUGUACCAUUUGUGCCAGGUACAACUUCUUUGAUCAAGGUGAAUGUCCUUGACACUUUGGGAUCCAUGCAAAAUCUUACGACGCUGAAAAUUGUUUUCAAUAAUGUGGAUGAAGAAAGAGACGCCUAUAGUGGCGAGUUUGACUCAGAAUGUCACAGCAAAAAGCUGUUCAGCAAGUUGACGCAAUUGGAGAUCCAUCUCACCAAAGACUGGUUCGAUCACUUGAGCAAGGGCAGUGACGCACCCAGAGAGGACAGAAUCCUGACGGACCUGCUGACCCACUGGAAGGGCGCCAUCACCUUCCUCGACAUGAACGCCGUGGUCAAGACCGCGAAGGAGCCCUCCUUCCUCAGCCUCUUGCCCGGCCUGCACGCCCUGCGCUCCAUCGCGCUGCGCGUCGAGUUCCUGCCCGUCACCAAGGACAUGGCGGCGCUGGAGUCGCUGGGGCUGGUGGUGGAGGACGCGACGCCCGAGGUGCUGGACGCCGCCCUGGACUUCGUCAUGGUGCACGUGCUGUCGCGGCAGUCCCUGCAGAAGCUGAAGCGACUCGAAGUGCGCGCGGCGCCCGGCUACGACAAGCAGAGGCUGGACAAGAUCAUUGGUGGUCUCUCUGACUCAAUCACUCCCCUCGACACGAUCAAAGUCAAUGGCAAGGAUUGGCUGCUGUAAGGGAGUUACGAGUAGUUCAAGCAAUUCUUACGAUCCAAUUUAGUGACAAGAAUUUGCUGUCGUGAGGGAAUUUUAUGUUGUCCAAGCAAGUCCUCUGAUCAAAAAUAAUGACAAGGCUGCUGUGAGGGAAUUUUGAUUUGUUCAAGCAAGUCCUGCGAUCGAAGUUAAUGACAAGGAUUGGCUGUGCAUGUUCAAUGCAGUAUUUUACGCUUAAGUUUUGUUUAAUUUUUAAGUUUUCUAGAGGGACCAUCCUCUGUUACCGCUUUGUGUAACUUCAAAAUCCUUCUAAUUAAUGGAGCAUCGGUAAUCUUCUUUUCUUGUGUCGAGUCAAACAUUCUGGUAUUUUUAAUGAUUUUUUUUGUUGACACGAGUAGAAAAGAUGCAAUCCUAUUAAUCUCUAGUUUAGUGCCAUUCCACCCUAUGGUGAAUGAAAAGUGAAAGUACAAGUUAAUUAAUUAUGUGAUGGAACAUAGUACCUAUGUUAGCAACAUUAAUUCAUGUGUCAUUUACCCAAAGAAUUUGGGAUACUUGAUUUUAAUUUUUUUUCGUACUGCAUUUAGUGUAGAUCUCCCAUUUCUUUUUGUCCUUAAUCUUGUGUAUACAUGAAAUAUAACGCAAAAUGUUGUUCAUA